CAGCAGGCAUAACCGGCAAGAUCAGACUUCUAUCAACUGCUUUCGAUUGCCAACAUCUCGACGCUGGAGUCUCAGCCUGCAUACCCACCAACUCCCCCAAGCAGAGGCUUCCGCGAACCCAGUCGUCGAGUUCAACGUAAAGAGCCUUGACCAGAUGCGCAACUUUUCUUUCGACCAAGCGCGAAGGAACACGUACGAGACGAACGUACUUGAUUUCUACCGGACCUAUACGGCUGGUUGGCAGCGUCUGGCGGGCGACGAUAUCAAAGUGAUAGUCAAGACGCUCAAGCGGCGCAAGGUUCUCGGAGUCAAGCAAUGGAUCCCCCUUCCGAAGAAUAAACCCAAGUCCGUGUUAGAAAACGUCCACUAUAGUGCCUUGGAGAGAAUCUUUGCAAUAGUUCUCGAAGCCGCCGAGGAGAACGGCCUUUUCUCCAAGGAGCAGCGUACCACUACCUUCGAAUGUCGUCCCGAUCAUACAAUAUGCUCGGAAGCUCGCGGGGGCUCCUUCCGCGUCGAUGCUUAUGGUCGCCUCCUCGAGAGUACGUUUCCGGCAAAGGCCCGGAAGAUGCGCUUGCCGCGUAGCGCACAUUUGCGCCCUGGAUCUUACCGCUCGGGAGGUCCCCCUAUUUACACGUGCGACCUCGCCCUGACAGCCAAAUUCAUGCCCGUAAACGUGAGGAGGAUGGUGUGCGAGGACGAACGUCAGAUGCUCGGGGGCAGCGGGCACAUCAUGUUCAAUGAUCCCUGCCGGACACGGCAUUUCAGUCUUACCAUUGAGGGGAACAUGGCUCGUCUCUGGAUCCACACGCGCUCACACUCGGCCGUGACGUACGCUUUUGACAUUCAGUCGAAACCGCAGGAGCUCAUACAAUUUUUCUUGUUCAUUGGGUAUGCAUCAAAGGAGCAACUCGGUUUCGAUCCGUCCGUUCGUCGCGUCUACAACUCUUCGGGCGGGCUGCAGUACCAAUACAAGGUUACCGACCGUGAAGGCGUCGAUCGCUAUUACGAGACGAUCAGCAUCAUCUAUCAGAAGUCUGCAACUCGCCUUCACUCCCGCGGAAUGCGCGUUCUCGAAGUACGCGAGGUCACGAAAGACGGACGAGAUGCCGCGGACCAGUAUUCGAGGGUCUUGCGGGAUUUCUGGGCGUAUGAAGACGCUCGGCCCGAAACAGAAAUCCUGGGGGAUAUAAUCAGUCGCCUGAAGGAGGAGGAGUCUGAGCUUGUUCAGGGCGAUGAUUUGGGCGAUAUUGAGCAGCACUUCAUGGAGUUCAUCUGCGACGUGUGCGUUGGUGAACCCGCGCCGGCACCUCCUCCGAAAUCGCGCGUCUACCAGUUUCCCGAGGAUGAUGCAAACGUCGACGGGAAGGAGUCGUCUUCUGCGAUGGUCAAGAGUCACCUUCAAAACACAGUUGUAGGCUUGGAUCCUACUCCUCAUGGUACCGGAAUGGAACUCCCUAGUGCAUUGCAUGCGCGCAAACAUUGUCGAACCGUGCAUAUGCACCUCUGCCAGGACCUCUACAAGAUUUCGGAUCCGGCCGAGUUCUUCUUCGCUCUUGGCCAGUGCAUCGCUAUCCUCAAACGCUUCCGCCGCAUCGGCUAUUUGCAUCGGGAUGUCAGCCCCGGCAACUUCCUUCUUUACUGCCUACCCCAGUCAUGCGGUAACCCUCCUCCCGACGGCGAUCUGGCGAAGAAGUUCAUGGUGAAGGUUUCUGAUUUGGAGUAUUCGAAGCCCUACUCGGUCGUUUCGCAGCACGAUCCCCUUACGGGUACCGCAUACUACACUGCAGUCGAAGUGCAGCACCGCAUGCAUCUCUUCCAUUAUUCGGCAGAUUUCGAUGAGUCCAAGAAGCACCUUGCCACCCUCUUCUUCGCGUUCAACUUCUAUCACGACGUUGAGUCUGUCUUAUGGAUGGCCAUAGACUUUAUCUUGCGCCGAUUCCCAGACACGACGACCAAGACGUACCGUACAAGAUGCGAAAUUGCGGAGAAACUGUCCGCAUAUGCUGCGCGCGUCUUCCGGCCGGAGAUGAGGCCAGUUGAUGCAAGGGAGGCCUUGAUCUGGGGAAGAGAUAGCAUCAUUGACCUGUCCGCGUUGCUGACUCAAGCCUACGGCAAGGACUCUAUCGUCGCACAGGGGAUCAAAAGCAUCGUCAUAGCCCUCAGCCAAGCAUACCAGCAAGUGGAGAGCGUGCAGGUUCGCCUGGAGGAUGUGCCGACCGCGCGCCUCCGCUUCGAAGCCUCCGCCUUCACCGACACCAUCUACGAUGUGAUGUACAGGGGGUUUCGCGACAUCAGCCUUCACUUCCAGCAACCCUCUGUGAAGUUCUUGUUGACGAAGGACUUUGUCGAAGCGACGAAGGCGGGUAUGGCGCGAAAGCGCGCCCGGCGCGACGACGACGUCCAAGGGAAGGGUUCGGCCUCUAAGGCCGUCGGUUCUUUGCCGCGUCUGCGGCAGCGCACCCGUCAGGCGACGAGAGAUUGUACAUAGAUUUCCAGCUUUGCAAGGCUUUGUCUUAUCUCAAAAUUUAGUUGUAAUAUCGAGAACACAGCCGUUGGCUCCAAAUUCAUACGUGUGGUGCUCUUUGAC